CUUUCUCUUUAAAAAAUGCCAAUAAAUUAAAAAUAAACUCAACAAAUUGCUUCCAAAGUUAAGAUUUCUCAUUAAAUUCAGUUUAGUUAUUUCACAUAUCGCGAUUAAAUAAAAGUUUGAUAGUAUUAAUAAUUUGAAAUAUUUCUCCGUAAUUGUGUCUUUCAUAUUUAUCACUAAUCUACGUUGUUGUUAAAAAAAACAAAGCAAAAUUUUUUCACUUUGAAAAACUUGAAACGUAUUUGCUUGCCACUCUAAUCUAAUCCUUUGUCGUCUGCUGAAUAGAUCAUGGUGGAGCCUAUUUUUGAUUACCAGUUUCGACUAAUCCUGAUUGGGGACAGCACGGUGGGAAAGUCAUCCCUUCUGAAGUAUUUCACUGAAGGUAGAUACGAAGAAAAUUGUGACCCGACAGUAGGUGUUGACUUCUUUGCACGUCUUCUAGAAGUUAAUCCGGGCCUCAAAGUCAAACUUCAAGUCUGGGACACUGCCGGCCAGGAACGAUUUCGAUCAAUCACAAAGUCCUAUUAUCGAAACUCUGUCGGUGUGCUGUUAAUAUACGACAUCACAAAACGAUCAACAUUUGAUCACAUCGGGGACUGGCUGAACGAGGUUCGAGUGCACAUCGAGCCACAACGAGCCAUCUACAUGAUUGUUGGACACAAAGCUGACCAAGAAGACAAACGCCAAGUGGGGGUGAGAGAGGCCAGGCAGUUUGCAGAGUACCACGGAUUUCGACAUAUCGAAACAUCGGCCGUGACAGGGCAGAACAUUGAAGAGACAUUCGUCAUACUGGCUCGGGAUAUUUACAAGAUGUUGCAGGAUGGCAGGGUGUACCUGGAUGAUGGUUGGGAUGGCAUUAAGCAGGGCUACAUCCAUCCAAAGGGGUCUGUUAAUCUGGAGGGG